CAAUUGUAUGGGAGAACAAAGAUCAAUACAAACGAGAAGUCAUUGUUAGGAGGAAUCAAGAUGAUGCAGACGGCGACACGGACGUGGGAGGAGCUGCGAAGCAGUGCACGGGCGGCGGAGCACACAUUGGAGGACAAGAUCGCGGCCUAUACGGCGGUUAGUAGAGCACAGACUCGUAGUUCCUCCGCGGUGUAUGACGAAGAGAACCCACCAGAGGAAACUGCAGAUGAGAGGGAGUUGGCAGUGGAUAUUGAGAAUGCACUGGCAUCGUUGUCAGACACAAUCGACGAGAUGAAUGUGGUAGUGAACAAGACGUCAGUGAAGACGCAGGAUGCCAUGCUACAGCGCUACCGUGAGGUCUAUUUCGACUUUAAUACAGAGUUUCGUCGUUCGAUGAGCGCCUUGCAGGAGAAGCGGGAUGUACAAAAGCUUUUUGGCAACAGAGCACACACCGGUCAUUCGGACGACGCCGAGAUGGACUCGCUGCUGAACGAGCGCCGCGCCGUGGAUUCGUCACGCUCCAUGACCAGCAGCAUCAUUGAGCAGGCGAUGGCGACUAAGAAUGCACUGGAGAACCAGCGUCGGCAGUUCACAUCGUCUCAUGGCAAGGUAGCGACGCUGGGCAGCUCGUUCGCUGGUAUCAACACGCUUGUCGAACAGAUUCGCCGCAAGAAGAUGCGCAACAACACCAUUCUUGCACUGGUGAUCGCUGGUUGCAUCUGCUUUACGCUCUGGUGGGUCGUGCUGUCUAAAAUCUAACAGUUAAUGCUAAGGAGGAGCAUGCGUAAUUUGAUGCACGCAAUUUGACAAGUCACAUUUUGUUUUGUUUGCACCGGAAAUUGAAGUUCUAAUUAUUAUCCAAUCAACACCGUUAAAUAUUCGAUAACCGCUCCGAUU